AUGCUCUCCAAUUCUUUCAUCUGGUAUAUCCACACUCACAUUCUUAAUCUUGGAGGUAUACCAAGAUUAUAUCAUCCUCUUGAAGCUACUACUGAAGAAAUAUACCCCUUCUAUAUCCUCUUACAGCUGGCAGACAUCACGCCCACUCUAACACCGCCCAUGGUGCACACGCCCACUCUAACACCGCCCAUGGUGCACACGCCCACUCUAACACCGCCCAUGGUGCACACACACCACUCUAACACCGCCCAUGGUGCACACGCCCACUCUAACACCGCCCAUGGUGCACACGCCCACUCUAACACCGUCCAUGGUGCACACGCCCACUCUAACACCGCCCAUGGUGCACACGCCCACUCUAACACCCACCCAUGGUGCACACGCCCACUCUAA